ACUGACAUCCCAGUUGGGUCUCAAACGCCUCUGAUCUUCCAGUUUCCGGUUACAAAAGUCCCCUCGCCGCCCAGAUCCCAGGUGCGCGUGAUGUGGUUUAUUGUGGCAACAGUUCCCGGCAACUGCCCAGGCAUCGGGCGCAUCCUGCCGAGCCCUCAAGCGCGGGCGGUGGGAGAGGCUGCUCCGCGCGCGCCGCACAUCAUGGGCUGCGGGCCUUCCCAGCCCGCGGAAGAGACGAGACGCGUGCCCGCGCCUAAGAAGGGCUGGGAAGAGGGAGUCAAGGCUGAUGCCCGUGGGGCUCAUUCCAGGGAGAACUGCAGGCCCCAGGCUGAAGCUGCACUGCCCAGGGACUCUGUGGGCAUCCCGGAAGGCCUGGAGAAGCAGGCCCAGCUGGGAAGCUUACCUGGAACCAUUCCAGAAAGUUCCCCAUCUCCUAGUGAAAGAAACAAAAGACUAAAUUCAGACCCAGUGAUCAAUGGAUUAAUCCAUAAACCCCAACCCUUAGAGAAUGGAGAGCGACAAAAGUCAUCAGACAUCCUGGAGGAAUUAAUUGUUCAAGGAAUAAUACAAAGCCACAGCAAAGUAUUGAGAAAUGGAGAAUCAUAUGACGUCAUGGUGAGCACGACUGAGAAUCCGUUGAGAAAGCCACCAGCCAGGCUGAAAAAACUUAAGCUCAAAAAGGAAGUAAAAGAUUUCUCAAUGAAGGACAUAGACGAGCAGAUGCAGGCGGUGGAGGAGCGCAGGAAGACUAAAGAAGAAGAAAUAAGAAAAACGCUAUGGGGUGACGGAAGUCGGCCCCCAGCCCAUCAUUCAGAUGCAGCUGAACCGGGUGAGACGGAGGUUCCGUUGGCCAAAGGACUUGAAACUGAGAGCUCUACUGUGUUUGAACCGUCCCACCUGCAGGAAGGAAAGCUGUUGAAAAGGAAAAAGAGUAAAAGUGACACAGCCUCAAAUGACAGAAUGUACGGUUAUGAAGGUAUUGAGGUGGUGGAGUCAGACAUGUCCUACAACCAAGCAGACAACGGAUUCUAAUGAGACGUUUUAUAUGAAUUUCAUGAAAAGGCACCCAGUUCUCCCCAGGUGUGACAUUCUUAGUCUGUGUCAUGUUCUCUUUGAAUGCCUCACCCCUCGCCCACUGGGAUGUGCGGUGGACUUAGAAAUGACUGUGUGAGCUCCGUGCGCUGGCACUUAGCUGAGUAAACUCAAUGGCUAUGCAGUUUUUUUUAAGAAAGAAGCUAUGACUAGCCUCCCCUUUAUAAAGUUGUCACUCUCCUUCAGUGUGGCCUCAGACAUUGUGAAAAUGUCUUCAACUUUUGAACGCCUUUCAGCUUGUGUUUGUGCCAAAUGAAAUCCUUUUUUUGUUCCUGCCAUCCGAGGGUCCUUUAAGACAAAUUGUAUGGACUUGUUUUAUUUUAAUGGUCUGUAUGCUUCUUGUGCUGUAUGUGUGGAUUUUUUUUUUUAAUUCUCUUUGUGUUGUGAUUAAAGCAAUAGCCUAAAUUUGGUUGUAUUACAGUCUUACCCAUAUAGCUUAGGGAAGCAAUAUCCACUUCUCGGAAUUAAGUGAGGUGUGGAAUUUUCUUCACAUGAGAAAAGAAGAACUUUAAUUGGGGCUGCGGUGGGAGGAGGCCCGGGGGAGGGAGCGGGUAAGCUGAGAGGGGGCUGUGAUGCUAGUGCCUGGGGAGUUUCCUGGCCCUCAUCUUAUUGGACUCAUACUGUGGUUCUUCUCUGUCCCUUACAUCCACACGAUCAAUUAUCAGGUCUUAGGAGUCGACAUUCUAUAAAGAUCUCGCACCCCUUUUCAUCCUUCCUCUAGUAUUCCCUGUAUUACCUACAUCAGACCACCUGACCAUCAUUCAGCUGGAUUACUACAACCGUCUUCUCAAUAUUUAUUCAAUAACCUUCUGCUUAAACCCUUUGUUGGCUCCCUUUUAUGGUCAAGAUAGAGUCCAGACUUCUUUCUGUCACUGGUAGGGCUCUCAGCUUUCAUAGUUUGCUCCCACUGAACUUCCAGGUCCUCAAACUCAGCACACUCUCCCUAGCCUCUGGGUCUUUGCACAUGCUGUUCCCUGCUUCCCUUCUCCCUUCCCUUCUCCCUUCUCACUGCUUGAUUUGACUUGGCUUCUUGUUUUCCAUGUCCCCACUCAGACACCACUUCCUUCAAACCCCCUGAUCUGGGUGGGGUCCCCUCUCUCAUAGUUGGCUUUUGGCAGCCCGGAUUACUCAGUGUCGCACUUACCACACUCUGUAGGAAUCAUCUGACGCAUUUCCAUCUUCACCACCCGAUGUGUCAGUUUGAACAGGGCAGAGGAUGGGUCUGUCUUGACUGUGGUUGCAUUUUUGUACCUUGGAAAGUGAAUGGCACACAAUACAUGCCAUGUAAAUAUUUCUUCAGUGGAUGAAUCUAUAUAUUCAGCCAUCCUUCAGAAGCAGGAGGACAGCCCCAAGAGAUGGCUUGUUUCUCUGGGAACCAGUGGCUGGGGGCAGGGCUGAUGGGAGCUGAAGACUGCUGGGCACCUCCUAAACACGUUAUACAUUUCCUUUGUGAUGCUGCAAAUAAAUGCCUCGUGUAUUCUGUAGCCUGUAGGACUGAGGACUCCUGCAGCCAGCGAGGUAUGACGGCAGUAGUAGAGUUCUUUCAAAACUCAUUCCAGAACCAAAACCUUUAAGAAUCAAAGUCUACAUCAUAUAGCGGUACCUUGGAAAGUCCUGUAGGCUCCCUGGGCCUCCAUUGCCUUAUAUGUUAAUUUUGGAUCGCCAUUCUCAUGGCAUUGUACCCAAUGACAUAAUGUGUUUAAAAGUACUGUGUAGAAUACGCCACAAUCUUUAUAGCAUAUUAUUUAUAUAAAAUCCUCUGUGGGUCACACGAUCGUUUUCAUCUGUCCACAGGUUUUUCUAUGGAGUUGAUCUUGUGGCCAGUCUUGUAAAAUAUUAGAGUAACUGAUGAUUUACUGGUACAAAAUGAUUGUACUGGGACAGUUAGGAAAAGCUGGAGUAUCAUUCAGAUCUCUGCAAAUAAUAAAAUUUAAAUGACCAAAAAAUACAUUCAGUGCAAAUUUAUAGUCAUUGUUGUCAGGUAAAUUGAUCCUCAAAUUUGCCAAGUACCCCAAUAAUACUUUCUCUUGGAAACUUACGCUCUUGCCUAUGCUCUUUAUAGAGGCUUAGAAGACACGUUUAUUGAGUUAAAUAUAUGUAUAAUGUAGAUGUGAGCAUUCUCACAUAUACCUGGCUUGAAAGGCUCUUCCUGUAUAUAAACAUGCCAAGUAGUGACACACCUUAAAUGAGAAGCCAUGUAUUUUCUUAGCAGGACCAUCCAUUUUAACAGGAUGGAAAGAGAGAAAAUGUUUAUUUUAUCUACUGAAAUAACAGAAUUGUUUUUCUCAUUCUUAAAGUUUUGAACAGUCACCAGGGUAUUUCAAUUAAAACUAAACCACCACCAUCAGAAAGUUAUGAGUCAGGAAGACGAGAUUAAGUGUCUUUAUAAUCAUUUUAAUUGAAGGGGGAAAAAACUUAUGGGUGAUUUGUAAUUGUUCAAAGGAAUAUUUAAAAGGUGUAUUUUAAAAUAGUUUGCAGAUAUUUCAAAUACACACAAUGUAAGAGUCUUACGUUAGCAAAAGUAAUUUUGCAAACACAAAGACAAAAAUAGAAUUUAUCAGAGUGUUGCUAUAGUGACGACCAGCAAUUUAUGACUGUGUCUACUUCUGUUUAUUUUAUUAUCAAUAAAUAGUUAGUCUUUGAAGGCAUAAUUAUACAGUAAAUACUGCAUUUUGAAGAUGUAUAAUGCUACGGCGUGUCAGUUGAGAGAUCACUUUUGCACCCACGUAUAACAUGUAUAUGCAGCACCUUCUUGUAGGAUGGUGAAAUUUAUGUCUCAGAAGAUCAAUAAAUGGCAUUAUUUUGAAAUAAA